CGUGAAUCUCGAAAAAGUUUGUCAUGUGACUUCUGUAUUGUGAAAAGCCUUCUGAAAAGAGAAAAAAUGAAUACGAAGUACAGGACUAGAGCAGUAGCCAGUAGGAGAGUGGCCGGACUUCUGAAUAGGGAAGCUUGGUAAUACUCCGUAUUUAAUAAGCUGAACUUCAUACCUUCCCAUACUUCUAUCAGUACGUUUAAAAGCGUAAAGGAGAGAGAGAAUUAGAGAGACAUUGCGAUUGGCAGUGGAUGGCCUCAGGCUGUGGAACAGGGCAGUAGGCGAGUGGCCCGCCCGCCGGAGCAGGAGUAUUGGGCUGUGAGCGAUGCCGCCGACUCGGCUGGGGCGCUUGGGAGAGUAGGUUUGCUGCCGGCAGACGCAGGCGGCAGUCCAUGAGGCGAGUGGGGGACUGGCCGACUACGUGUUUCUGGAUCUGGCUCUGCAACUUGCGGAUUUCCAGAAGAAGAAGACUGGUUUCUCCUGAUUUUGGGACUUUAUUAUGUAUUUGCGUAAGGCCAGGUUCAUCUACCGGAAGCUCCAAAAUCAACCAAACGUGUAGUAAUUCAGAUCUGAGGAAGCCGAGUCGACAUUUCUGGAUCAACUCUUCGACUUCCUGUCUUAUGGGAUCCAAGAACGGCAGAAGUGUGGAACCCGCCGCCAAGUCGUUGACUCCCUUCAGCACGCAGCACGGCAUCACCGCCAUUUCACCGGGCGCCAGCACCCCUCGUCAGGCAUCGCCUUCUCGCCUCAAUGUUUACCCUUCCGUAGUUCCGAUCGGAAAAAACGCAGAAAAACCCCUAGGAAGGCGCAGGGCGCUCAAUGUGCAAAUUGGGAAGCUCAAGCAUGAAGAACUGAAGCAUUCAAGUUGGCAUUGAAAGAGAACGAUAUAUCGUCUUGGUGGGAGCUGCCCUUUGUUGACCAUGUUAGCCGAAGGCUUUACGAAAUUGUUAAUGUUCCAUAUGAAGAUGAUGUAAUCAUUUGGGCCGGUGGAGGGCGUUCUGGUGAGCUAAGUGGACGGGCUCUUAUGGAGUGGAGGGGCUCAAGGAACUUAUAUCCUGUCACAAGAAAGGUAACCUAUCCUGUCACACACUCACACCACCUCCACCACCACUCCCACUAGACCCACCAUCACCACCACUCCUAGUCCCACUAGCCCCACCCUCACCGGCACCACCACUCCCACUCCCACUAGUGGUACCACACCUGCCCGAAUGAAAAAAACUAAAAUUUCCCCCUUUGAAGGAAAGUCCUCUACGCCUUCUCCUUUUAUCCACUUAUGGUUUUUACUACAAAUUUCGCGAGUUAUAAAAUCAAAUUUUAUUAAAAUCUCUUUUAAAACUAGUUCCCUGUCACUCUUCUUCCUCUUAUUAGCCUUUCGCCUCAUUCUCUUCUUCUUCUUCUUCCUUUUUCUCAUGUCUUUUAUCGUUUCUUCCACAUGAUUUUCCCUCUUUUUUUUCCUCUUUCUCUUCUCCCCCACCCUUAAAAUGGGAUUCACAGUAGCCCCGAACACCUUCUUAAAAUAUUUGCUUAAAAUGAGAUGGACAGAGGAAGCUUGAAUACCCACAAAAUCAGGAAUUUUUUUAGAAGCAGUAGGAUUGUGGUUUUUGCAUUUCCUUUGGAGGUAUUUUAGUAUACCUCCCACCCACUUUAUGAAACAGGUCUAAAGCUGUUUAAAAAAAUGUUAUGGGCUGAUAGUGCGUGAAAACUAUAUGGUUUCGAAAAUUCCUAGAAAGUAUAUCUGACAUUUGUUUCUUCUCGAUCUUUCUAUGAGGCAAGUAUUUAAAAGUUCACUACGGAGAUCUACAGGUAAGGCGGAUACUUUGAACAUGAUGUUUAUCCAUGUUUAAGUAUUCUCAAAGAUGUUUAUCCUGUAGAUCUCCGUAGAUCUCCGUAGUGAACUUUUUAAAUACUUGCCUCAUAGAAAGAUCGAGAAGAAACAAAUGUCAGAUAUACUUUUUAGGAAUUUUUGAAACCAUAUAGUUUUCACCCACUAUCAGCCCAUAACAUUUUUUUAAACAGCUUUAAACCUGUUUCCUAAAGUGGGUGGGGAGGGUAUACUAAAAUACCUCCAAAGGAAAUGCAAAAACCACAAUCCUACUGCUUCUAAAAAAUUUUCUGAUUUUGUGGGUAUUCAAGCUUCCUCUGUCCAUCUUAUUUUAAGCAAAUAUUUUAAGAAAGUGCUCGGGACUAUUGUGAAUCCCAUUCUAAGGGUGGGGGGAGAAGAGAAAAAAGAAAAUAAGAGGGAGGAUCAUGUGGAAGACAUGAGAAAAAGGAAGGAGAAGAGAAUGAGGCGAAAGGCUAAUAAGAGGAAGAAAAGUGACGGGGAACUAGUUUUAAAAGAGAUUUUAAUAAAAUUUGAUUUUAUAACUCGCGAAAUUUGUAGUGAAAACCAUAAGUGGAUAAAAGGAGAAGGCGUAGACGACUUUCCUUCAAAGGGGGAAAUUUUAUUUUUUUUUUCAUUCGGGCAGGUGUGGUACCACUAGUGGGAGUGGUGGUGAGGGUGGUGCUAGUAGGAGUGGUGGUGAUGGUGGGGCUAGUGGUGAUGGUGGGGCUAGUGGGAGUGGUUGUGGAGGUGGUGUGAGCAGGAAUAGAAGUGGUGAGGGUGGCAGAGGUUGGAGGGGCAGAGGCAGUUGGAAGGGGUUAUGGUCAUAGUAGGGGGCGAAGGUUGCGGAGGCUAGAUGGGCAGUAUGGAGCUCCUUUUAGGGAGGAGGAUUGGGCUGAUGAUGAAUUUGUGAAAUUCACUAGUAAGUUUGACAUAGUGCCUGGUGAUCACAAUGUGGACGAAGUUCCUCCUGCAGAUAGCUGUAGAAACGCGCAGGUAGAUCUCUCAUUGGUUGAUGUUGAGGAGCUUUUGAACAACACAGUUGAUGAUCAGGCACCAUUGCCAGUAAAUCUUGAUGGCUUUCAACUGGCACUAACUCAGUUUCUUGGAGAAGAAGAGACUCGUAGCACUGUUGUUAAUGGAUCGAUUGAGGAUCUGGUAUAUUCUGAGCCUUUAAUGAUGUAUUAUCCAGGCUCUCAACAAGACAAGUUGGAUUCAAGCUUUAUUGCUGAGCAGUCGUGGGGUGCAACUGAGGCAGCUUCUAUUGUACGGUCUGAAUUCACUCGGUAUCCAGAGCUCUUAGAUCUUCAGUUUACCGAUGAAGAUAUUCUUGAGAUGGAUGAUCUUCUUGGCACAGGGCCUGUGCAGUUUCCCCAGCUGAGAGAGCAUGAUGAGUUUGAUAUGUUUAAUGACUCUGACCUCUUCCUUGGUGAUUUUACAUCUAAUAAUCAAAUUGUAAAUCCAUCUCAGCAUCAAAGGCCGCUGGAAAAUGGUUUUGUUGGCCAAUCCCCAAAUUCUGUCCCUACUUCUGGGAAUGAGAUGUGGAACUUCGGAGCAAAUAAUUGUAUUCACAACUCCACAGAGGGAUACAAAGGAACUAUGCCUUUACCAGUGACAGGUGCUGAGUAUGCUGGUGUUUCUACAAAUAUCGCUUCCAAACAUACCAGAAUCAGAAGAGCAAACAGAAUGAAGGGUCUCAAACAUGGUUGGCUUUCACAUUAUGAUCGUUUGUGGAAGCGGUACCUGCAGCCCCUCCAUCAGCCGCUGAGAGCGUGAUGGUUAAACCGAGGAUGUCUAGUUUCAGUAGGGUAAGAAUUGAUUUAAAAAAGAAUUGAUUUUUUCAGUAGGUGAGUUUUAAAGCCCUGCACCUGUUUAUUGACAUGAAUUGUCUAUGUUUUUCUAGUGUUAAUAGAGUUUUAGUAUUUAGCUUCUCUUCAUUUGCACGUGUUGUUUUCAAUAGUGGGUUAUUAGCUCGGUUUAAUUUAAAGUUUUCUUCGU